GCUCGACAUGUCAUUCAGAGGAAUCCGCCACCUGAAACGCGAGGAAGUCGAGGCGACUCGAUUGGGUAUAAAGAAUCAGCCAACAUCUGCCUCCGAGCAGAGCGACGCUGAUGAAAACAUCAGCGCGGAGCUCGUGCAGGGACCCCCGGCCGCGUUCGUGUUUCGCCUUCCCGCUGGAUCUAUCGCUUCCCGGAGCCGGUGCGUCUCUCUGGAACAUUUUAAAGUGGAUGUGAUUCAGGAGCCAACUCGAUUCUGGAUUUAAUCCACGGAGAUUCUGGCGCACCUGUUACCUCCACGGAGCGCGAGACCAUGAUCCCACCUGGAGACUGCAUGUACGCGGGCAGGAAGAGGAGGAAGCCCGUCCAGAAACAGAAGCCGUCGUCUGCCAAUGAGAAGAGCAACCCGUCCAAGAGGCACCGGGACAGGCUCAACGCCGAGCUGGACCGCCUGGCCAGCCUGCUGCCGUUCCCUCCGGACGUCAUCUCCAAACUGGACAAGUUGUCCGUGCUGCGCCUCGCCGUCUCCUACCUCCGCGUCAAAAGCUUCUUCCAAGCGAGUCAAGACAAACCCUCCAGGAAGCACGUCACCACCCCAGCAUCCUCUAACCCUGAACCCAGGAAAGAUAGCCUUCCUCUGGGCACCACCAUCAAUGAAAGCAGCCUCCUCCUGGAAUCUCUCACAGGCUUUGCCUUGGUGGUGAGCAGCGAUGGCAUGGUUUUUUAUGCUUCCUCGACCAUUGUGGACUACUUGGGUUUCCAUCAGACUGACGUGAUGCACCAAAACGUCUUCGACUACAUCCACAUAGACGACCGUCAGGAGUUCAGACGCCAGCUCCACUGGGCCAUGUGUCCCCCACAACAUCAGGCGAUGUCUGGGCCAGAUAGCCAGUUAGCAGCGGGAACAAGUGAAGACUUUGUGGUGAGCAGCAUGUUCAACUCUCCGGAAGCGGGGGAAAUCCCCCCAGAGCUCUCCUGCUUUCUCAACAGAUGUUUCAUAGCCAGAGUCCGCUGUCUCUUGGACAGCACGUCUGGAUUUUUGACGAUGCAGUUUCAGGGUCGGUUAAAGUUCCUCCACGGCCAGAAGAAGAAGUCGCCCUCUGGGACGCUGGUUCCUGCCCAGCUGGGUCUGUUCUGCAUCGCCGUGCCCCUCUUACUGCCCUCCAUCACCGAGAUGAAAGUGAAAAAUAUUUUAAUGCGGGGGAAGAACAAAGGUGGAGGGAUUAUCUCUCCGAUGGAGCAUGGUGAACACGGGGAGCACCUAAGGAGGCCUUCCAUCGGUGGAGGAAUGGGUGACAUGACAGACCCUCUUCUCUUCACUUGUCCCCAUCCGGGCACUACACAGCGAAGUCACCACACCCUCUGGUCCCCUCUUUGCAAAGACAACCUCAAGUCCAGCUCCGACGGCUUCUAUGGCCAAGAGGAACCUCUCAACUUCUGUAAGUCCUCCGUGGUGGACCACAAAGUCGCGGCCGCGGGCCUGGGCAGAGGGUGGCCCAUGCGGCAGCGGGUGGGGCCUGUCAGAGCCACCCAGGGAGUCGGCUACAUCCCAUCCAACCGCUUGAACAGGACUGGCCAGUACGGGAAGCCCUACCGCCUGUCGCCGAGCUGCCACGGCAGCAGGGCCGCUGAUGUGUACGUGUCGAAGCUGUACGGGUCGUCGGACGCGGACGCCUACUGCGUAGACCUGGUGAAGAGCGAAAACGACUUUGGGGAGUGCUACGAAGGCCACAUGAUGUCCGAGAUGCCGCCCAUCAAGAUAGAGCACGACUCCGACUCGGAGAACGGAUGCGAGACGUACGGUCAAACCUGGGCCUGCCGCAACCAGGCCACCAUCGACCGUCACUACGGGAACGGGGCGUAUGACCCAAGCACCGGUCUGCAGCUUAAAUCAGAAACGGACUUCUACGACCCGCAGUACUCCCCGUGCCAACGAGGGAAAGCAGGAAUCAGCCCCACAUACAACAACGCCGCCUACCAGGGCUACGCAGUGAACAGCGGCGCUCGUCUGUUGAAGUGCGACAAAGACUUGGUCAGUAACGGCAACGCCAACCAAUUCAGUCCUCAGAGACUCUCUCACUCUGACUCGCUGUGCGGCAACCAGCCGGUCAGCCUCAUGGAGCCAAACGUCUACCCUCAAAAGGCGUACAUGCACCUGGACUACAACAAGCACGGCGCCUACGAGUUCAAAGGUCACGGCUUGAUCCAUUCGAUCAAACGGGAGCCGAUGGACUCCCCGCCCUGGUCUGAGAACGGCCAUGACAUGAACCAGUCCAUGGUGGGCGGCUCGAGGAACGUCAUGCCGUGCGUGAUGAGCACGGGCCACCACAAGUCCAGUCCCUACCUUUACAUGCAGUGAGAGGACGACAGCCGCGCGUGAACGCAUCAGCAGAUAUCUGCCCACACACAACCCCCGUCACACGCACAAUUACACACAGGCACAAACAAAUCAGUACGUAUUAACUUGUUCUCCCCUUCAGCGUUUCACGUACACGUGUGCUAGCAUUACGAAGGAAGGGUUACCGCGGCUACAAUGAUGUCAAACAUUUUUCUCAAGCUUAACGAAAAGGUCUCAGGUUCAAAAAUCAAUGUUUUGACAAUCAACAAUUUGACUUUCAGAAGAUGUUACUUUAAAAAAAAAAAGAAAAAAAGGUACAGAUUUUGGUUUUUUGCACUUUUGGAUUUAGUGAGAGUGAGCAAAAUGUCCAAAAAAAAUAAUUAAGUUUUUGUAUUGUUACACCUGGAUUUUGCAAGGAUCUGUUUUAUUUUUCUAAACUUUGUACACAGGAGAAAACUUACAUGCGCUGACACUUUCAUUUAAAUCGAUGCUUAGUAUGAUGCACUUUGAAGAAGUCAUUUUUUAAAAUAUUAUUUUGAUGUGUCACGUAAUGCAGUCGCUUUCAAGGAAUUUAAAACAAAUUUUAGAUGGGACAAAAAAACAAACAAACUCAAAAGGCUUUUCUUAUGCAAUAGAACGCCAGAUAAGAUAACAUUUGGCUUUUCACUGAGACAAUCUCACCAAUUUGUGCCCUCAUGUUUCUCUUCGUACUCAACAUUUUCCAUCUAUGUGUAUAAAUUAUGGCAUAUCAAUUUAUUUUAGUUUUUUUUUUUUCCAGCAGCAGAUAUGCAUUAAAGGUAUUAAUACCCCGAGCAGAUUUAAAAAUGAUCAACCACAAACUUAAAAAAGAUUCACUGCUAUCUAAUUUUUUUUUUCUGUGCGGUAACAUCUGGAAAAGCUACAUAGAUUUGUCGCUGAGGUGUGAGAAGUCAUGCAUGAAUGCUAAAAAAUGCUAAAACGUCCACUGAGCAUAAAUACCUGCAAGGUGCUAUGUGAUCAUAAAUCAAGAAAAUUCUUACCUACAUGUCAGAAUUUACAUGUAGGUAAAUUUAUGUAAAUGAAUUUACCCAUGGUAAUAAAACAAAAAUGAAAAGAUGUCAUUGUUCAAGAUAAUUCACUCAAAUCAUGUGAAAUCCAAUCACCUUUGCUUGUUUUUAUUGCUUAUUGAUCUCAUUUAAAAUCCGCCAAACGACAAAAGUUUUGUGUGUUGAUGGACCAGAUUUUUGUACUUUUAUUUAUUUUAUUUUAUUUUUUAGAAACCAUUAUAUUCCAACACUUUGGCAUAAAGUUUAUUAAAUAUAGCACUACAGACUACUUUAUUUUGAGAUUAUUUUGCAAACUAUACCAGCAGAGCACAGUCCAUGUGCAGGUAAUCACCAAAACAUGUUCAAGUAGCAGUAAGGCCAAAGAACGUUUCGCAUCUCAUUCAACAAUGCUUGUUGGGUUGGACCCGGCAAGUAGAAGAGCACAGAGCCUCGCCCACGUCUCUGUGGUGUGUUUCCGUCAGCAGGGCGCGGUUGGAUGCGUCGCGCCGCUUUUGCUCCACGCCGCUGAGCUCAUUUUGUAAGAAAUGAAGGGAGUGAAAUCAGUCUCUGUGUGCUUGAAACACAAAUACGAUGCAAGCGCAUCGGUACGUUUUCUGCACCGGUCUGCCCGAAGCAGCCGGUCAGGACAAACGUGACGGAUUUCCAUCGCCUAGUUUAUCCAGCACAUUAAAAGUGCAUCAAGAUGAUUAUAUGUUUUAUUUUCAUUUUACCAGCUCACAUCUCACUGCUGAUUUGACAUAUUGUCAUUGGGAGAAAUGUUAGCUUUCCUUGUCUACUCUGUCUAAAUGCGUCUGGCUUUUGUGUUCACGUCAGUAUUUUUUUAUUAUUAUUAUUAUUAUUUUUGUUGUUGUUAUUGUUGCACAAAGUCAUUCAAGACUAAUCCAAUCUGAGUCUCAGUUCUGUGAAGUUACCGUCGUAGCUUCUGAGUUGCACUACUGGGAAAUAGUUCAGUUGAAGUUCAGCCUACCCAGACACGUGUUUGAGUCGUCACGCACAACCGCACACGGUGUCACUGUUGUGGAUUUGUCCUGUUUCUUUUUGUGUGUGUGUGUGUGUGUGUGUGUGUGUGUGUGUGUGUGGUGUGGGUGGGUGUGUGUGUGUGUGCUUAUGCCUGCUCAUGUCAAUAAAUGUUUCAUGAUUUGUAUUUAUUUGUAAAUGGUAAGUGUAUGAUUAAAAAAAAAAAGUAUAAAUUUGAAGGCUCUCCCUGUUUUACUAACGUAAAGAAACAAAAUGCUUUUUUCUUGAUAUCUUUUUGAUAAUUGUCAAAAAAGAGGCUUAUCUCAUGGAGGAGGUAGCUGCAAGG